AUGGGAGAGAACAGAUGGAAGCUUCUACUUCAGUUGUGUGUUUCUUUCUGGCUUCCACUGUGUCAGACAGACUGUCCUUAUGCGGAAUGUUUCUGUAUCGGAGAAAUCGUGUCCUGCUCAUACACACACCUACAAGCCAUACCACAGUUGGUCUACACUAACGCAAGCAUACAAUGGUCGCUGACCAUCGAUACAAAUAAUAUUUCACGAAUACCUGCAGGAAGCCUGCCACCAAAUCUAAGAGACAUCUAUCUGAAUGAGAAUCCAAUAACAGCGAUAGACGAUAAUGCAUUUGACGAUUCUAUCUUCACCUUGACAACGGUUUAUUUGUCCAGCUUCCGUUUCACUCGACUCCCAGACGCUAUUGGACAUUUGCGAUCUCUGAACUUCUUGUCCAUCGCUGCGGCAAACAUUACAGAUUGGAACGAGGCAGUCUGGGUUAACAUUGGUCAAACUCUCAAGUCGCUGGAGCUAGAUACCGUUGGAUUCACCGAAUGGCCCAGCUGGAUUCGGCAUUGCACGCAAUUAACUAAUCUAAUCAUUGUAAGGAAUUCGUUUUCUUCCAUUCCCGAUGGCGCACUAGAUUCUGUUGCCCAUAAUCUGAUUGGUUUGGAGCUUAACAAUAACCAAUUGACUAUGGUACCUAAGGCGCUUUCAAACUUGAAUUCUCUACAGACACUGAACCUGCAGAACAAUCGUAUUACAGACAUCAGGUGGCUUCCUCAGAAUAGCAAGUUGAGUACCUUGUCCCUCAGUUUUAAUUACAUCUGGAAUGCCACUCAGUUAAGCGAGGUUCUGAGUCCUUACAAUACAUCGCUUGAGGGUUUUGACAUAGACAACAAUCACCUCACUAGUAUCCCAGAUAUUUCGUAUUUAGUUAAUGUUAGAGCUCUGGAUUUUGCACACAACAAAAUUUCUGAUCCCAUUUCUGGCGCCGUUGCAUCCGAUACCUUUAUGCUAGAUCUGUACUAUAACUCGUUACCAUAUGUCCCAAAAAUGUUGUCAAAGCUAUUGCUACUAACGACCAUGUCGUUGUCCAACAAUGCUAUACGAGCUAUCAGAGAAACAGAUUUCCAUUUAAAUACAACGUCGAUUGUAAUUGACUUUAAUUUAAUAACAGAAUUAACAGAUACAAGUUUCCCAGAAAAUUUUGGACUUCAGGGAUUGUACUUAAAUAAUAAUCCACUGAUCAGCAUUUCUUCACUAGCUUUACAACACCUACCUAGUCUUCAAUUUUUAGAUUUGAGAUUUACCAAACUUGCACGUUUACCUUUAGGCCUGAGAUACCUUAAAAGUCUGGUCAGUCUGGACGUCUCCAACAGUACGCUCCUGGUCUGUACGUGUAUGGAGAGUAGUUUACGAACCUGGGUAAUGAACUUGAACCCAGUAUACAUUUAUGGGAGCUGUGGUCAGACCAGUGUCAAUGUCUUCUUCUCUGUUUUAAGUCCGUUGUGUCCCGCUUCAGCAGAAACCCUUUUGUAA